UAGCACCGGAACAACUGUUGUUUCACGUGUGUGAUGUGCACCCUACAAAAUGUCGGCCGACCUUAGCUUCCCCCCUGCCGUCUCCCUUAACACCAACCAACCAACCACCACUUUUUGGUCUCACUAGCAAAACAUCUUCAGUCGCGUCGGGCGACAUUUUUUGCUGGUUUUUGGGGUUCAUUCUUCGCAUCUCUGUUCUUUUUCUUGUUUAAUUAAGGCGUUCAUCGCUCGAACGAGAAGAGACGGUUCGAUUAGGUCAUCGUUCGCAACACUUACUUGUUGUCAUCACCUUUUGCUCGCGAGAUAUUCCUUGUGUUCUUGACUCGUAACACGUCUCUGAGCACUCUUGGUAAGCACGUGUGGACAAACUGUGUGUCUCUGAACCGUUUUUAUAAACCUUCAGAUUUGUCGAACUGGUUCUGAUUUGGUUUGUUUGUGGAUUCGUCAAUUGAAAUACACAGAAGACAGUAGAUCGUUUUUUCUCUGACUGUGAUUUCAAAUACAACAAGACGAAGCAGUUUUCUUGUACUUGAAAAGUGUUUGAGUCGUUUAUUUUGUUUGUGUAUAUCCACAUAUAACUUUUCUGUUCUAUCAGCUGUUCAUAUUUGCUUGAUAGACUGCCGUGAGCACCCAGUGGUAUAAGAUAUACAUCUUUGGAGUAGAGCACUUGGUUGUACAGUAUGAGUUACAGCAUCCGUUCAAUUCCUCGGCAAGAGCCGGAGCCAGCUGUUCCUUUGGAGCAGGUCGAGGCCGAAACUGAAAAGAAGUAUUUGGGCUUCGUGACGAAGAGAGAGAUUAAGCUUUUGGCCAUUGCAGGUACGGGUUUCUUGCUCGACAGUUAUGACCUUUUCAUCAUCAACCUGGUCUCGCCCAUUCUGUCCUACCUCUACUGGGGUGGUCUCGAAGGCCAUGAGCAUUACCCGUCUGGCAUUCGUGGUGUCGUGAAUGCUGCAACUAACAUCGGUAACAUUUUGGGCCAGCUGUUGUUCGGUUUCUUGGGUGACUUUUUUGGCCGUAAGUUUGUGUAUGGUAAGGAGAUGAUCGUGGUCAUCAUUGCUACCAUCCUCAUUAUUUGCUUGCCCAACAGCAUCAAGAGUCCUACGGGAAAGAUGAUGUGGCUUUUUGCUUUCCGUGUCGUUCUUGGUAUUGGUAUCGGUGGUGAUUAUCCUAUGUCUGCCUCCAUCACGUCCGAACGGUCCCAUCUGAACCGUCGUGGUACACUUCUUUCCUGGAUUUUCUCCAACCAAGGUUGGGGCACGCUUACCGGUUGCGUUGCCACGAUUAUUAUUCUUCUUUGCUACGAGCAUGUUUUGAAUGUUGAAGGCAAGUACCACAAGUUGAAUGGCGUUUGGCGUUUGCAAUUCGGUAUCGCCUUGGUGCCCGCUGUUCUUGUUAUGAUCCCUCGUUUGCGUAUGCAGGAGUCCCAGCAAUUCAAGGACUCGAAGAACGUCAUGGCCAAGGGUGAUGGUGCCGUUGAGAUGGAUGUGAUCAAGGAGGCCAAGGCUAAUAAUUCCUCCAACUCUGCCACAUACUACCAGUCCGAAGACAAUCCCUCCAAGGACAAGUCGCAAGCUGAGGUUGACAUUGAGGCCGCUGCCGCACCUAGUCUGACUGAGAGUGGCCAAGAUGCCGCUUCCAAGGUGAUCCCCACGGAAGGUGAGGACCCCAAGACUGGUUUCCUUGCAUACUUUUCCGAAUGGCGUCACUUCAAGAUUCUGUUUGCCUCUGCCGCCUGUUGGUUCUUGCUUGAUAUCGCUUUCUAUGGCGUUAACCUUAACCAAUCCGUCAUUCUUUCUGAAAUGGGUUUCAGCAAUGGAAAGAACGAGUACCACAAAUUGCAGAAGAACGCUAUUGGUAACUUGAUUAUCGCUGUUGCUGGUUAUAUUCCCGGUUACUGGGUAACUGUUUUCUUUAUUGAGCGUCUUGGUCGCAAGUGGAUUCAAAUUCAGGGUUUCCUGAUUUGUAGUUUGCUUUUCGCUAUCUUGGCUGGAACCUGGAGCACUAUUUCUACCGCUGGUCGUUUCAUCUGUGUCGCCUUGGCCCAAUUCUUUUUCAACUUUGGACCCAACACUACCACUUUCUGUUUCCCUGCUGAAGUCUUCCCCUCGCGUGUGCGUGCUUUCUCGCAUGGUAUUUGUGCUGCCUGUGGUAAAUGUGGUGCUAUCAUCUCUGCUCUACUUUUCAACAAGCUGACUGACGUUAUCGGUUUCGCUAGCGUCCUUUGGAUCUUCUUCGGCUGCAUGAUCGUGGGUGCCCUCAUUACCUUGCUUCUUCCCGAGACUGCAAACCGUGACGCCGACUUGAUUGAUCGUCAAGAAAUCGCAGCAAUGCGCCGGGGUGAAAAGUCUAUUCUUGAUCGUAACGAGAAGUGGGCUUGGUGGAAGCAUGGCAUCUAAUUUAUUUAAUCUUUUAUCCGAAACCCUUCCCCUUUAUUCGUUGUUUUUUGGGACCUGUGAGUCCGUCUUAAAAAAGCCCGUGCUGUGGUUUGCCAUUCGUUCAGUUGUGAAUGUUCUUUUUUUUUGGGAUGUGAAUGUGUUAUGUUCUCAUUCAUUACAUGUCUCACCUACGUCAAUUAUUCCUUCAACUUUUCUCUGCUCGGCGUGUAUCUCUUUGGACUGAACUUUCGUUAUGGACAGUUGAACUGUUCUCCACAUUCUUAGUUUUUGGUCGCUUAGCUUAUGACUGUCGUUUGGAUCACUAGCAUCACUACUACCUUAGGUUUAUUUUCUAUAAAAGUUUUUGUUUCUAUUAGCAUGGUUGGUUUCUCAUAUAAGUUCCUACAAAUGACUUUUACAACACUGUG